UGCAAAUGAGAUGGUGAUAAAAUAUGCUAAUUCCAAGAUGUGGCUCGAGUUGAGAGCAAUAAACGGAUCAAAGGUAACCAAAUCAUCUUGAUUGUUCUUUAUUUAUCAAAAUAAUUCAGAGUUGUGGAAGGGCCAAUGUGAGUAGAUUGCCCCGACCCAACAGAUUGGGGGCUUGUCUCAAGAGCUAGAUAUAGUAACAUAUGCUGUUUUGUUACUUUUCCGAUCCGAAAUGCGUAUUGUUUGGAGUUUGCCUUCUGUCCCAUUCAUGGGUUUUCGUGUGGUUUUCGCACACAUUUAAUGACUGUGGAAUGUCUGUGCUGUAGUCAUGGUAGCUAGUGUAGCGUCCAUAAUAGGGUUAAGCCUACACAGUUUGAUUUUGUUUUGUACUUGCUCGGGUCUUGUCUGGGGUAUAUGCCCCUUAGAUGUAGUCUCAUUGGUAUGAAAUUCACUGCACAUCUGCUGCGGUUGUCUGGUAUUCUGGUCCUGGUUUGGCUUGUUCUUGCAUGGCAGUCGUUGAAGGAGUUAGUCGGAUUGACUUUUUACUUUUCCUCGGCUUCAUUUCUACUUCUAGGGUAAUGGCCUAGAUUAGUUGUUUGCAUGCAAUCUAGUUUGCUACACAUCUGAUGUAGUGUGGGACUGUGGGUACUGGACUUUCUGGAAAUUAUUCCAUUUUCACGUGUGUUUGUGUGCUAUUUAGACUAGAUCUAUAGUCUACGUGUAAGUGUAAGACUAAGAGUUGAUGAAAUCUAACCAAAAAAAAAAUUUACUGGAGUUGUGGAGGUGGAGUCUCAAUAUAACCCUCUGCUGCAUGGCUACAUGUAUAUCAAUUUCACAGAAUUGGUGAUAGUUUGAUGCUUAAUCAAUUUUGUUUUGCUUAGUCGGUUGGUCAAUUUUUGUUGUUUCAUCUGUUGUUGGACUAUACUCUGUACGUGUUGAUUCACAUUCAACAUUUUUCUUGGAUUUUCCUUCCAGUCGUCAGGACAAUUGACCUACUUUGUGAGACUUGUGUAACUUGCACAGACUAGAUCUAUACAAUGGCUGACUUUGAUAUUGAAAAGUUUUUGAGUCAGGACUUGACCAUUGGCCGGUUACGUCAGCUACGAAAGGUUGAUUUAACAGCUGUAGGAACAAAGCUAUCGGUAAAUCUAACUGGUCACAAAAGCAAGGCAGAAAUAAUUGAUGCAAUUUCAGCCCAUGCAGGACUGAUCGCUGCGACGGCCGCGGCCCGAGAAGAUGCGCAUACAAAUAAUGAUAGUGGUGGUACUAAUAACCAAGGUAAAGCUACCAGUGAUGAGGUUGACCUUGAUUUAGCUAAGAUUGAGCUAGAGGAGAGAAGAGAUAGAAUAAAGGCUGCUGAGCAUGAGAGAGAAAUGGAACGAAAGAGGUUGGAAUUUGAAAUGAUGCGUCAUCAUGAAAUGACUUCUCAUGGUAGUCAGUCUGGUGAGAGAGACAAGAGGUCGAUAGAAGCUGGGUUCUCUGCUAGGGUUAAGCUUGUUCCUAGAUAUGAUGAAAAUGAGUUAGAUUCAUUCUUUCUUAUGUUUGAGAGGGUUGCCAAGAGGAUGGAGUGGCCAGAAGAUGAAUGGGCAUUGCUCAUCCAACAAGUAAUUUCUGGUAAAGCUCAGUCGGUUGUGUCUGCACUGAGUUAUGAGCAGGCAUUUGAUUAUUGGACAAUGAAGGAUGCUAUUCUUCAAUCAUUUGAGUUGAUUCCAGAAGCCUACCGUCAGAGGUUUCGCAAUCUCAGGAGAGAAACUGGAGAGACUUGUGUAGAGUUUGCUUGGAAAAAAGAAGUUUCCUUCGAUCAGUGGAUCAGAUCUUUGAAAAUAGAUGCCACAUAUGAUUCUCUUAGAGAGGUUAUGCUCAUUGAUGAGCUUAAAAGAUGUAUGUCUCAAGAGGUUAGGACAUAUGUCAAUGAUAAUGUAGUUAGUGAUGUGAGAAAGGCUGCCAUGUUGGCAGAUGGAUACGAAUUGACACAUAAAGGGAGUAGUUCACCACUUACUAGGCGUAGGACUCAAUCUAGGUCACCUACGACUCAGAGGAAGUCGGGUAACACCGGCACUAAUCAGAGUAGUGGUUUUGGAACUGAAGGCAGACUUCUCUGUGCCUACUGUAAGAAAGAGGGCCACCUUAAGACACAAUGUCCAAGACUAAAAGUAAAAGGAAAAAAUCUUGAACAAGAAAUUACACAGCCUAGUGGCUUUGUGCGCAUAGCAGCAGUCGACAUGCAAAAACAUGUAAUGAACGAUCACAAUGAAAUAAAAAGAAGUGAUCAAGUAAGAGAUGUUGGACAUGAUGAGGAGAUUGAUGAAGGAUUUCUAGAUUUUGUUUCUUAUGGCACGGUUAGGUUCAGUGUUGAUAAUAAGGAGUGUCCUAUUACAAUAUUAAGGGACACUGGUUCUAUGAAAACGUUGCUUAUUGCUGAUGAGUCGUCCUUGGACACAAAGAAUUUCACUGGCAAGAAAGUUUUGGUUCAGGAUGUGAAUGAUGGUUUGAAACCGGUUCCAUUAUAUACUAUCGAGCUUAGCAGUGGAUUCGUUUCUGGACCAGUGACUGUUGGCAUUGUUACUAAGUUGCCAAUGAGGGGAAUUUCGAUGUUGCUUGGCAAUGAUUUAGCCGGAAGUAAAGUGUCGCCAUCGCCAGUUGUGUGCAACACUCCUGUGGGGAAUUUUGAGGCAGGGAAAUUGGAAAGUGAAGUUCCUGGUUUUUCCCCUUCGUGUGUAGUUACUGGAGCCCAGGCUAUGAAAAAGAAAGAAGAUGACAAGGAUGGUGACGUCAAUUUGGGUGACACUUUUUCCAGAACGUUGGAGGAGGGCCAAGAUGACCAGAGUCAUGCUACGACUAUCUUCAGUCAGCCUGCCUUGAUUGAGGCUCAGAAAGCAGCAGAGGACUUGAAGAUGUUGUGUGAUGUUGCUCUACCAGCAGGAGAAGCUGAAAAAGUGUUGCAGUGUUAUUCCACAAAAUGUGGUGUGCUGAUGUCAAAACCAGUGCUGGACGCUCCAAACUUCCAGAAGCCUUUUCAGCUUGCCGCUGACGCCAGUGAUGUAGGAGUUGAUGCUGUUCUCCUACAGAUGGAUGACAUGGGUCUCCUGGAACCCAUUAGCUACUUUUCCAAGAAGCUCAACCCCCACCAGCGAAGAUGUUCUACUAUAGAGGAGUGCCUUGGUCUCGUCUUGCCAGUUCAGCGCUUCAACGGGUACCUGAGCAACUCUUCAGAGGUGACUGUAUUCACAGAUCAUAAUCCAUUGACUCUUCUUGAGCGCUUCAGAAAUGAAAACCAGAGACUGUGUCAGCGGAGCAUGAUCUCCAGCCUUAUGGACUGAAAGUGACUCAUAUCAAACGAAAAGGACAAUAUAAUCGCAGCCACACUUUCUAGAGCUUAAGCAAGCCUACUGAACAUUCGACACAUUGUGAAGAAACUAGAACUUUAAUAUUUUGUCUUUAUUCGUCACAAGGAAGCUACACAAUAUUUAUUGCUUUGUAUUUGUACAUGUACUUACAUGCUGUGAACUGAUGGAUCAGACAGUUCAAUAAUUUUGAACAGUGAUAUAAAUGAUCAUGUAUGAACAUUUCACCUAUUUACAGGGAGACGUCAGUAUGGACAGUGGACUAUAUUUUGUGCAAAAUGUGCACUAUUUGUCAUUGUUUUCUUACCUGUGCCUACAUGAAUAAUAAUUUCAUGUCUUUUCUUGAUUCUGUUUGUACGUUAUUCAGAAUAGUUUUCUUUUGAUCAAAAGAGAACAGUUAUUGUUUAUACGCAGCACUGUUAGCUAUGCUAUGCAAAGCUUGAUGCAUUUUCCAUUUUAUACAACAACAAAAUAAUUAUGAUAAUAAUUUGCAUAAAAGGCAACUGUUAUCAAAAUUACAGGUGUAAAACCAAUUGAAAACAUAACAAAAGUGUAGCAUCACAACUUGCGUAAUGUUGUUUCACAGAUUUCAAAGAUUAUUGACUGCCAGUAUUGCAUAUGUAUGUGUUUGUGAUUUAACUUGAUAAGUCUUGCUUAUUUGUUUGUAUCUAAACAAGUUUCAGUUUAUAGCUUGCAGCAGUAACUCAACAGAUUAUGUUACUCAUGUAAUAUGUACACAAAAUAUGUACAUGUAUGUACCCUUAUUCUUGCAUUUACUGUCAGAAAUAUUUCAAACCGAGCUGUGCACAGUUAUGUGGAUCAUUAUAACAUAUUGCUUUUGUUGACCGACAUAUUUAAUGAGACUCUGUAUGCAUUCCGACAUAGUAAUGAGGUGUUGUCAUAGCAACGCGUCAUGUGACUAGGUUGUGCGCGUUCAUUAUAUGAAUAUGCAAUCACCUGUUAUUGUAGUUGUGCGCAUUUAGGAUAUCGGCGCCUGUGCUGAAUAUUCAGUGUUUCAUUUAUCGCGCGUGCUUAUUACGCUCAUAUAUUCAUGUAUUCAUAUAUUCAUUAUGUAUGAUGUGUAGAGACGUGUUUCGACCACCACAGUUUGUGGUUCUUUACAAAAAACAGGCAUUGUGUCUGAUUAAUGUCAUGGUACUUACUUCCAGGAUUUAGGAAGAGAACAUACAUGUAUAAUGUUAUCUAUCGAAGUUGUUUUCAUUAUUCUGCAGUUUGUGUUUUGUUAUUGAAUGUUGAAAUGAAAGGACUAAUCGGUCUGUCUUUGAUAUUAGAAAAAAUGAUGUUCAUAUGCCAGCUUGUUAUACCUUUUGUGUGGUUAAUUUCUCGCCUUUACAUCUUACAUUGUUCUGAAGAAAGUUCUAACUACUGAUAGAAACUUUCUUUUAUGGGGGGAGAUAUGUUACGAAUAUGCAAAUGAGAUGGUGAUAAAAUAUGCUAAUUCCAAGAUGUGGCUCGAGUUGAGAGCAAUAAACGGAUCAAAGGUAACCAAAUCAUCUUGAUUGUUCUUUAUUUAUCAAAAUAAUUCAGAGUUGUGGAAGGGCCAAUGUGAGUAGAUUGCCCCGACCCAACAAU